UCACGUAGCCUUAUCUUUGGCAAGUACAGCCUCGAUACUUAGAGAUUAUUUAUAUAGAGAAGAGCUUCUAUCUGCUGCUGCUGCUGCGGCUGUUACCGAGUUUUCCCUGUAAUUUCGAGACUGUGUGCGUGAGAGAGAGAGAAAGAGAGAGAAAGCCACCACUGCUAUCGCGUGGUUAGUAUUGAAAAACUUGAAAAAUUGAUCAUUAGGCGUUUCUUUUUGCGUUCGGAGUGAAACUUCUUUCGGUGUGUUGUGCAAGGGGCCUAAGCCUGAAAAUCGACGAUCCAGUGCGUGGCUAAGCACGUUCAUACGUUACUAUACAGUAAUAGUUAAAACAGAAAAAUAUCGAGCGCAUUGAUUUCAUCUCUGGUAUUCGUCAAAUUUCGAGCUCUUGGGUUGCUUGGCGGUUUCGUUUGUUUACGUUGACUCGUCAACAUUGGGAAUGAUAAAACUAGAGUCGGAGAGAACAAUCAACAAAAUGGAAUCCAACGGUACCACCGACUACGCUGCCAAAGUAAAGAAAGAGCCCGAGGAUAUGUCGCUUCACGAGGAUGAUGAUUAUCGAAUAGAUGACGAUACUUUUGAUACCAAAAGUUUUCAAGACGAAUCAACUCGUAUGUUUAAAAGCAGCCAAGAAACUCACGAAAUUCAAUCGAACCCCGAGAUUGAGAUUGAGAUCGAAUGCGUAGAUGUAAAGCCGAUUGUAAAUUCAUCAAUACCUAAACGGUUAGAUAAUUGGACGAAAGAUCACUUGCUGGAUAUUCAAGAAAGCAGUGAUUUUGAAGCUAAAGACAAGAUAAAAAUAGAACCCGAAGAUGCUGUGAAAGAAGAAUUUUCGUAUGAUGAUAUUGAUAAAGAUAUAAGUAAUGAUUGCGAAAUUAACGGACAAAAUAUAAACAUUGAUCCUCAAGAAUCAGCAAAAAUAAAUGAAAAGUCUAUAGAGCGUGACAAGUGUUUGAAGAAAUUUCCCAACAAAAGAAGUCUUAAAAUUCACAUGAAUUCAGUGCACAGUAAUAAUCUGUAUCCAUCUCAAGCGUGUGAAAAGACAUUUGGACAAAAGGAUAUUUUGAAUGUCCAUACCGAUUCGAUGCAUAAUAAAAUAACUCAUGCAUGUGAAAUAUGCGGAAAUGUGUUUAAACAAAGAACUUAUCUCAUUAGACAUAUCGAUGCAAUACAUCGUAAAAUCACUUACCCAUGUGAUAUUUGCGGAAAGACAUACUCAUACAAGAGUCAUCUCAAAAUCCACAUCGAUUCGGUGCAUAAUAGUGUCAGACAUGCAUGUAAUAUUUGCGAAAAGUUAUUUACACAGAAGAGUAAUCUUAAAAAACACAUCUAUUCGAUACAUCGUAAAAUCACACAUGCAUGUGAUAUAUGCCAAAAGACAUUCUCAGACAACAGUUAUCUCAAAAUUCACGUCGAUUCGGUGCAUAAAGGUGUCACAUAUUCGUGUGAUAUUUGCGGGAAGACAUUCGGACUAAAAAUCAGUCUCAAAAAUCACAUCGAGUUGGUACAUAAUGGCAUUUCACAUGCAUGUGAUAUUUGCGAAAAGACAUUCUCACUGAAGGGUAAUCUCAAAAUCCAUAUCGAUUCGGUGCAUAAUGGGGUCAGACACGAAUGCGAUAUUUGCGGCAAGACAUUCGCACGAAAGAUCGGUGUCAAAAAUCACAUCGAGUUGGUUCAUAAUGGCAUUUCACAUGCAUGUGAUAUUUGCGAAAAGACAUUCACACAGAAGGGUAAUCGCAAAAUCCAUAUCGAUUCGGUGCAUAAUGGGGUCAGACACGAAUGCGAUAUUUGCGGCAAGACAUUCGCACGAAAGAUCGGUUUCAAAAAACACAUCGAUUCUGUGCAUAAUAGUAUUUCUUACGCAUGUGACAAAUGCGAAAAGACUUUUACGCAGAAGGAUUAUCUCAAAAUCCAUAUCGAUGCGGUACAUCAUAAAAUCAAGCAUGCAUGUGAUAUAUGCCAAAAGACAUACUCAGACAAGAGAAAUCUCAAAAGACACAUCGAUUCGGUGCAUAAUAAAAUAACUCAUGCAUGUGAAAUAUGCGGAAAUGUGUUCAAACGAAAAUCUGAUCUCAUUAGACAUAUCGAUGCGAUACAUCGUAAAAUCACUUACCCAUGUGAUAUUUGCGGAAAGACAUACUCAGACAAGAAAAAUCUCAAAAGACACAUCGAUUCGAUGCAUAAUAAAAUAACUCAUGCAUGUGAAAUAUGCGGAAAUGUGUUCAAACGAAAAUCUGACAUCAUUAGACAUAUCGAUGCGAUACAUCGUAAAAUCACUUACCCUUGUAAUAUUUGUGGAAAGACAUUCACACAAAAGGGAAAUCUCAAAACCCAUAUCAAUUUGAUGCACAUUAAAAAUAGUUGUGACAAAUGCGGAAAAAAAUUCGUACAAAAAAGCAAACUUUUUGCUCACAUCGACGCGAUACAUAAUCAUGUUAAGCCUCACAAGUAUAAAUAAUGAAAAAAUCCUUUUUUCAUUCUAAACAUUCUUCAAAUUUUAAUCGAAUUAUCAAUGAUGUUACGCAAGCAUGUUAUAUUAGCAAACAUUUCUAAUGUUAAAAAAUUGUUUCAAACUUAUAUUGAUUAGUCAUCUAACUUAUGAAAGCAACGAAUAUCUAAUGAAUAACAAUUGUUCUGCGUGAAACGUUAUUGAAAAUAAUUGACUCCGAUUUAAUUUGUUGAGAUUGAAUUACUAUCGGUAAGACACGAAUGAAAAAUGUAACAUUUACAAUUCAUAAAAAAUUUGAACCUCUAUAGUAUAUUUUCAGUGUCAAUUUUAUAUUUUGUAUGUUCCAAAUUGGAAUAAUGUAAAUCUAGAUUUAGUUAUAAGAUUAAUUUUAAUUAAUUUUUUAAUGUAAUCAGUGGUUUCUCAUUUUGAUUCAAUAAAUUCAGAAAUGACACGUAUUCAUGCGAACAGCGAAAAAUUGUCUGAAUUCAUUGCUAGCUUCAAAGACAGUCAUGAAAGGUCAUUCAAUAAAUGUCAAAGAGUACAGUAGUAGUCUAAGAGUUGUGAAUUUGUAAAAAAGAGCGUAACUUUUGCAAAGCAUUGCUAUACGUAUUCCGUAUACCCAAAUGUGUCCUUUUCGUAACGCGAACGAGGUCAGCGCUCGACGCUUUUCGUAUCAUCAACGCGAAACUGAAUUAUAAAAUAUUUCUUCCGUUUAC